AUUCUGGCAUAUAUCAUCUACGAGAAAGUCAUCAACUUCUAUACACAAUUAUUAUACAAGCUUAUUCUUACAUAAAUACGCAUAACCAUCACCAAAAUGCCUCUCUUCUCUAGCCGCAAACCCGAAGAGGAAGUCGUAGAGGAGCAGCCCGUCCCCGAAAAGAGACACUCACACAGUCUCUUCGGCUCCCGUCAUCGCAGCCCCUCUCCUCCGGUCAGCGCUCGCACCAGCAGCACGAAUGGCUCGCGGCACUCAGACGGUACAUCCCCCUCGCGCCACCGCAGCGUACUCCAACGCACCUUCGGCCACGGGAACACGUCGAACCCGGACAUCGACCCGUCCAUCAUCCAAGCGCGCGAGCGCGUCAUGCAAGCCGAGACGGCGGAGCGCGACGCCGACCGAGCCUUGGAAUCCGCGCGCAUCCGCGUCCGCGAGGCCCGGGCCGAGGUCAAGAGGCUGGAGCUCGAGGCCGCUGAGGAGGCCCGCCGUGCCAAGAUCAAGCAGUACCACGCCCGCGAAGUCUCGAAGCGGGGCAAGCAGCUCGGCCGUCACGACGUUUAACCUGUGAUGCUUAAACCUCUCUUUAAACCUACAUGUAACACAUGCUUUAUCUGCCUGAUCUAUCUGUCUUGAAUUUCCUUGCAAUUAUGUACCAUAUCUGUCACGAAUCUUAUGCCUAGGAAAUGACCUGUGUUUGGUUGGAAACGAUAUCUACUUAUACCUUUGUAUUACUACCUUGUAAGCUUUAGCGCAGCAAUGUUAGAUAAAUGAUACCUCAGGACUAGAAACAAGAACUUAUUCGAGUACACCCAUCUCAAGGAACUCUUCUAGAUCUCUUGCCAAUUCCGCUUGGUUUUAUGUUCCUCUCGCCCCGAGUAUAAGUGCUGUUGGUGCGUAUCCUAGUCCUAAGCC